AUGGCCAUCCUUUCAUAUAGUUCAAAUCCAGUUAACAGCACUUUGAGGCCUAUACAGUAUUUGAGUCAAACCCAAAUUGACCCAGUUCCCAAAAUUGCUUCAAAUGGAUUUCUUGGUAUAUAUGAGCAGUUGUUGUCGUAUAACUUUUACUCAACCAAGCCCCCUUCGCGAUCUUUUAGAAGGAGAGAAAGUAAAAGAGUCAAAUCCAGUAAAUCAACUCUUGAUGAAGUCCAAUUUCAAAGGGCCAUAUCCCAGUUGUUGCCUAGAUUUACACCUGAAGAACUUUGCAAUGUUAUAACUCAGCAAGACGAUCCUAUUGUGUGUUUAGAGUUGUUCAAUUGGGCAUCGCAACAGCCACGGUUCAAACAUGAUGUUUCUACUUAUCACAUUACGGUAAAGAAACUUGGGGUAGCCAAAAUGUAUGAAGAAAUGGAUGAUGUUGUCAAUCAAGUGCUUGCUAUUUCCUACAUUGGUUCUGAGGCACUUUACAAUUCCAUUAUCUAUUUUUUCACAGAAGCCCGGAAGUUGACUAGAGCUGUCAAUAUAUUUAAACACAUGCAGAAUAGCAGAAACUUGAAUUGUAGGCCUUCAAUUAGGACGUAUAAUAUUCUUUUUACGGCCUUUUUGAGUAGGGGAUCUAAUUCUUACAUAAAUCACAUGUAUAUGGAGACCAUUAGGUGCCUGUUUAGGCAAAUGGUGGAUGAUAGGAUUGAACCUGAUAUUUACUCUUUGAAUUCUAUGAUUAAGGGGUAUGUACUUUCCCUUCAUGUCAAUGAUGCACUUAGAAUAUUCCAUCAGAUGGGUGUGGUCUAUAAUUGCUUGCCCAACUCAUUUUCGUAUGAUUAUCUCAUUCAUGGGUUAUGUUCCCAAGGCCGAACAAACAAUGCUAAGCAGCUGUGCAAUGAAAUGAAGAGUAAAGGGUUUAUCCCAAGUAGUAAAUCAUACAACUCGCUUGUGAACGCUUUAGCUCUGAAUGGAGAGGUUGAGGAGGCAGUGAAGUAUUUGUGGGAGAUGAUUGAGAAGCAAAGAUCAGCUGAACUCAUUACUUAUAGGACAGUGCUUGAUGAAAUCUGCAGACAAGGAAGGGUGGGAGAGGCAAUGAGGUUGUUGAAGGAGUUCCAAGAGAAAGACCUUCUGAAUGGGCAUACUUACAGGAAGCUUCUAUAUGUGCUUGAAGAUGACUAUGGAGAUUCGAGUGCCCACUCUCAAUUCAGGUAG